GGCAACACGCGCUCCCGGUUUCGCGUCCCCGAAAUAUCCGAGCCACAGAUUGUAUUAAUUAAAAAAAAAUAUGAUCAGUUGAUUGAGUGACGGUGUUCGAAUUUUGAAGUGCGUAUUUUGUGAUUUAAAUAACACUACACACAAUACACUCCGAGUUUCUUUUUUAAUAUCACCAUGCCUAUCGGUAACGUGAGUAAGGACACUGGGGCUCGCAGGGAGUCGUUCAGACCUCCGUGGGUUAAAGAAAAGGAUGUAGAGGCCCCACCAUCAUGGAUGCAGAAGAAGUUGAAGCCUGUGGAAAGUCUCAGCAAGACCGCUUCUAUAGAUGACGCUGCAGCCGCUCCUGUACCGGCUAAGCCGUUAAAACCUGUAUUGAAAAAGCAGUCAACGAUCAGAGACAAACCAGAAAACGGAGUGACACAGCCCAUUGAAGAAAAGCUAGUCAAGCCUUCAGCAGCGAAACAAGCCGAUCAGGCAGCGAAACCAGCCGAUGAAAAACCAAAAUUCACUAAACCUGCACUCAAAAGCGCUUUAAAAUCAGAGGACAAACCCUCUAACGAUAAAACAGAUAGACCAACUCUAAGAAGUGUUAGAACUAUAGACGACAAAGCUAAAGAAAAGUCUGUGACUAUAGUAGACAAAAGACCAGAGAAAAAUGGUCCCACCAAAGCAAAUAGCACGGUAAAUGACAAACCAGUGACUAAUAAUAAGGUUACGAGCAAAGAUACUAAACCUAUAACUAAGGUAGUUAAUGAAAAACCUUCAUCUAAGGCAGCUGAGAAACCAAUUCCCAAAGCCCCUGAAAAGGUAAUAUUAAAACCUGUUGAAAAGGUUGAACCCAAACCGAUACCUCCUAAAGAGGAACCUAAACCAACGCCUGUAAAACAGGAGUCUAAACCUGCGCCUGCAAAGCCAGAACCCAAGCCACCGGUCUCAAAAUCUGAGCCGAAAGCCUCUGAGAAAGCUGUAGAAAAAUCAGAAAACUCAGAUAUGGCCACUAAACCACCGCUAGAGAAGACGCCUUCAAAGCUCCCACCACGCAAACCACCGAUUCAAAAGCAACCGUCAAAGGAUGACGUACCUGUCAAGAAAUGGCGGGACCCCCUGCAUGAGCGUGUCAAGGAAAACAUUGACAAAACCCUCAACAAUGAGGUGCCUAAGGGUCAUACACUCACCAAGAAUGAGAGCUUGAGAAGUUUACUGAAGCCCACACCACCACCGAUGCCACCGCCCAUGCCGCCUAAGAUGCCCCCGCCACCAGAGUUCAAGAAGUCACCUUUAGACCCUGAUAAACUGAAGAGGAUCGAACAGCUCCGCAGCAGGCCUAGGAGGAGACCAGACUGGUCAGACAUGAUGAAGGAAGUGGAACAAGGAAAGAAGUUGAAACAUGUUGUUUGUAAUGACAGGUCAAGUCCGAUCAUCGCCAGAUCAGCAGUGGUGAAGAACAAAGGACAGUUCAUAUUCGAAUCAGAAAAGCCUAACUCACACAAUGCUUUGCUUAAAGAGAUCUCAAAGGGAAUUAAAUUAAAGAAGACAAAGACCAAUGACAGGAGUAAACCAAAUUUGGAAGGCUUGAGGAAGUUCAGAAGACAGAUGACAAUUGAGGAGCAAGUACAGAAGAGUAUGUCGCAAGCUAAUCUGGCUGCGUCACCUUCUGGAGUCGGCCUGGCUGCAGCUGAGGCUAGUAACUCACAUAUACCUGGUGUCUUGCCACCUGAAGAGGAAGACAUCGAUGAAAUGGACGACAUCGACAAGGUCAGAGAUGAUCUGCAGUCUACAAAGCAGUUGCUGGCGAUUGAACUGAGGAACAAGGAGGCUCAAGAGAGAGAAAAUAAGCGACUUUUAACAAGGAUAGCAAACUUAGAAGCAGAGUUAGCAAGAGAAAGAGCAUUCAUCAAACAGGAACAACACAAGACUGUGAUCUCCGUCACUGAUGCCUACGAUGAAAGACUAGUAAAUAACCUAAAGAUGGAAGUAGAGAAGACGAAAGAAAAUGCUGAUAAUUUGGAGAAACAAUACUUACAAGCCGCAGAAGAUAGGGACACUGCUCUGACAGAGUUGGAAGAAGUCAAGAGAAGGAAUGCAGAGUUAGAAAAGAAGCUGGAACAAGCUAUGUCGGGCAUCAUGCCAACGAGCAUGGGUUCACGGCGCUCGAGCCACGCCAUCAAGCAGCUGUCCGUCACCAAGGAUGAUAGCUUCGAGGAGGAAGAGGAAUCUGAUGAAGAAGAGGAGGAAAGCGAGGAAAAGAAACAGAAGAGAUUGGAAAAAGAAGUCCGCAAUAUGAGAAACAAAAUCCGGUACUUGAAGGAGAAGCAAGACCACAUGAAACGAGAGAGAAUGGGCUUCAAGAUGUCACUGAAGAACCAACAGGCGGCACUAAAGGAGGAAAAACGAAAGUACAAGGAGCUGAAACGCGAAGUAGACAAAAUGGCCGCUAUGAUGAAGGAAUGCGGAUCAGAUGAUGAAGAUGAUGAGGAGGAGGAAGAGUCUGAAGAAGAGAAGAAAUCAGAAUCAGAAGAAGAAGAAACCGAGACUGAAACAGAACAAGACACUGAGAGUGAGACAGAGAGCGAAAGUGAACCGGAGGAUGCUCCAUUACCAAAUAAGAAAGAGAAUCUCACAAAGAGGGUAAAACGUCACGAGACGAGGGUUCACGCGCUGAAGAAGGGCAACGCUCUCCUGAUGGCCAACGUGGACCGUUUGAAGGACGAUGUAUUGAAACAGAGAGAAGAAUCCGUCACAUUGCAAAAAGAACUGGACUCUCUUAUUGAUGAUCUGGAGUAAUUCUAUGCGAUGCGAAUAUCAACUCUUCAAAAUAAUUAGUUCUAUGAUAUCAUCCAGAGAUGGCGUUGUAUUGUGUUGCUAGCCACAAAAGUAUAGCAGUGCGGUGGUUCCUACAUAGACCUAUGUAUAAUGGUGUUUACUUCUUGAGCAGUUCGGUAAAUUGGCCGAAUUGUUACUAUAUAGUCUUGAAGCACCUAUUUAUGAAUUUGACUUUAUAGUACGUAGUGUCUUGGAAAAUUAUUUUGUAAAACUAGCAACACACUAUUUCUCUAUUCCUGUCGAUGACAAUGACAUUAGGUAACGUACUGUUUUAUCUUCAGGCGGUUAAACUUAAUUAUUUCUAUCGGUUAUCGUCUAAUCACAUAUCCGACAGCAGACAGAUUUUUUAAUAAAUAACAGAUUGUCUUAGGUCAUUGUUAUCGUUCAACGGUCGUACGUUGUAUUCAUUCGAUAAGAUUAGUCGAAUCAUUUUAUGAUGCUAUAAUCAUUAGUUUACUUAUUUGAUUACGUCUCGAUUCAAUCGGAAAAUGCCCUCAAUAUUGUAUCUAUGAAUCUCAAAUUUUGAUCUAAACAAACACUUACUUUCUUCAUGAAGUCUAAUAAGAAUUUUCUCGUUGGUCUAGUUGUUGUAAUAAUCAUUUUUAAAUAUCGUACUGAAACGUCUUUCAAUGUCUAAUUUAUUAUUUGCAACAGUUCGACUUAGAUAGUACAAUAAAUACAUAAUUUCAUAUUUUUUGUAGAUAGUCGAAAUAUUUUCCGUUUUGACUAUUCCUUAUCAUCAUCGUUAAUAAUAAUUUACUGUUUUGUAAAGCUUUUUAAUACUUGAAUAAUUAUUAUUUGCCAAAUUAUACUUAACUGUAAACAAUUCUCUGCUAUAACGUUUGUAAUUUAUCAAAAUUUUAAUGAUUUUCUUAAUUUUUAAGUACUUAAUUUUAAUUUUUAAUGUUAACAAUGAAAGUAAUCUUCCUACCCACUAUGUUUCACUCAUUAUUGCUAUCAUGUGAUUUGUACAUAAUAUUUUUAAGUUAAUAAUUAUUAUUUAUAAAGUACCUAUACCUACUAUUGUAUUAUCAAACG